AUGCCUGGUCAUCAUAUGAGUGAGCUUGAGGAAGACCAUCAGGACCCAAAGGAGAUCCCCGACCUGCUGGCAGAGGAGCUGUUCUGGGCUAUGCAGGAGGAAGAGGAGGAGGGGGAGGCGGAGGAGGAGGCCCUGUCUCUCUACUCCUCUCGGUCUUCCUCCCCCUCAGUCCUGUUUAUAGACAGCCUAGAGGAGGUGUCUGCUGCUGAGACAUCAAGUCCUCCCCAGAGUCUUGAGGGUGCCUUCCCCUCCCGCCAUGCCAUGGCAGCCUUUCCAUGGAGCCAAUCUGAAGAUGAGAGCUCCAGCAGCCAAGAUGAGGAGGGUCCAAACACUGAGGGAGGCCCUGAUGAAGAUGCCAAUUCCUUGCUCCACAAAGCACUGCAUUCGACAUUGAUGGAAAUGGUUGAGUUCCUGCUCCUGAAGUAUCGUGCAAAGGAGCCAACUACAAAGGCAGAAAUGCUGAGUAGUGUCAUCAAAGAGCACCAGGACCACUUUCCUGAGAUCUUCAGUGCAGCCGUUGAGUGUAUGCAGCUGGUCUUUGGUAUUGAUGUGAAGGAAGUGGGCCCCAGUGCCCACACCUAUUUUCUGGUCACCGCCUUGGGCCUCACCUAUCAUGGGAUAAUGAGCGAUGGCCAUAGAUAUCCCAACACAGGUCUCCUGGUCACACUUCUCUGGGUGAUUGCUGUGGAGGAUGAUUGUGCCCCUGAGGAGAAAGUAUGGGAAGCACUGAGUGUUUUAGGGGUGUAUGAUGGGAAGGAGCAUUGGAUCUAUGGGGAGCCCAGGGAGCACAUCACCAAAGUUUGGGUGCAGGAACAGUACCUGGUGUACCGCCAGGUGCCCAAUACCAAUCCUGCAAGCUAUGAGUUCCUGUGGGGCCCCAGGGCCCAUGCUGAGACCACCACAUUGAAAGCCCUCAAGUUUGUGCUCACGGUUAAUCAUAGGGAUUCCCAUUUCCUCCCAUCUCUGCCUGAAGGGCCUGAGUGCAAUGAAAACCACUAUGCCUGA